AUGGUGCUCGUAUCUCGACCGACAGCGCUGGGUCUCUUGCUGCACGCGGCGGUCGCGGCAGGUGCACUUACCUGCGUCCGUGAUCCGUCCAUCAAAAGCGCCGUCGGCAACUGGUGCAUGUGCCAGCCGUGCCAUCUCUGCGAAUAUUCGCUCUUCAAGGGGUGCCAGCCCAUCACACAGAACGCCAUUUCGCUCUCGAACGGGUCGGACAUGCCCUCCAAGCAGCCGAUUGUGGACCCAGCGGCGUGGUUUCUCUCUGAAGCCGAGCUCACGCGCAGCCGCGGCGGCGUGCCCCGGUCGUCGCUGGCGACGGCGACAUCCGGUAACCUCGUCGACGUCUACCCCGACACGAGCAGCGCUUUUGCAGCCAUGCACGACGACGUCGCGAUCGCGAACGCUGCGUACUUUACGAGCUGGACGAUGCAUGAUCUCCAGUACAAGCCGCAGGUCGAUCCGUCCAUUACGUUCAAGUCGACGUGGGGCAAGGCGAUAUCCGAGCACAAGCUCAAGGUGCGUGGCCUUGUGUGGGAGAACCUCGUCGAGCUUGGCAACGUCACGGAUAUGUUUGCGUGGAUGAACUCGCUGCCGGCCGACGACGUCCAGCUCAUGACCGACGACCGCGUCCCCGCCAUCACUGGCUCGUUGCACCAAAAGACGCUGACGCUGACGCAAGGCAAGCGUCUCUGGUCGUACGUCGGUGGCCUGGACCCGGGCCUCAACCGAUGGGACACCAAGUACCACAACGAGACUGCGCUGCGAGCGUCCGCGCAUGUCGAUGUGAGCAGCCAUGGGUGGCUGGACGUCCACGCGCGCAUUGACGGCCCCGGUGCCGUCGACAUCCUCGGCAACUUUCUCGACCGGUGGAACGAUCCUGUGCACCCAAGUGCCGCAUGGGGGCCCCCGCUCGUGAACCCCCCGGUGCCGCUCCAGGCGUCGUGGAACGUGCCGCGGGAUGUGAUUGCACCGGCGUCGAUCCUUGACAACGUGACCAUCGACAAGGCCGCUGGUACCCACGACGUCCAGGUCCUCCGCACCUUUAGCUGCAAGUACAAGGGCUACAAGUCCUUUGCACCAAAGGGCGAGUCGUCCAUCUUUGCGGGCCGCAUCAAGGCCAUCCGGAACGCGAAGAACUACAUUUACAUUGAAGACCAGUACUUUGUCCACAUGCCCGAGCUCCUCGACGAGCUCCUCAAGGUCCUCCCGACCAUCCAGCGCCUCAUCAUCUUUACGGUCACGCCCGAGGGCAGUGAGGCUGCUGUCGGGUACCAAAAGUACCAGUUUGACAUGAUCGCGCCGCUCCUCGAGAAGUUUCCCAACAAGGUGCAGAUUUACGUGCCGCAGCCGCACCUUGGCAUCUACGUGCACUCCAAAUCGAUGAUCGUCGACGACGUCUACGUGUCGGUCGGUUCGAGCAACUGGAACGUCCGCAGUAUGACAUCGGACGCUGAGAUUGGUGCCAACGUCGUCGACACGACGCUCGUUCAGGACGGGUCCAUCACGGUCGCCAAGCACGCGCGCGACUACCGCAUCGCCAAGUUUAGUGAGCUGGUGGGCUUUUCAGUCGACCUCUCCAACUUGUCGUUUUUGGCCGCCGCCGAUGCCCUCGAGGCGUACGCGACGUCGUCGAAUGCGUGGAUCCAGCCGUACCUGAUCUACGAGAAGCCAUUUUGGGUUGUCUACACGGACAUUCACAAGGACCUCAUUGACGGUGACGGCCGGUGCCCCAACGCCAAGCUUGAAGACGGCGAGCUCGACGUCGGCUGCAGCAACACGGACUGGCUCGCGAAUCAAGCCCGCGUCACGCAAGUCACUUGCGCGUGCCUGUCCAAGGGCCUCACGAUCUACAACUGCCCCGACCUCGACGAUUACAUGGCCCACGAACAAGCGGCGUUUGAAUCGUCCAUGAAGUGGUAG